UGACCAACAGCUACUUCUACUUCGAGAAGAACAACACGAAGAUGACCAACACUUGCCAGAAGUUGACGAUGAACAACAGCUACUUCCGGAAGAACAACACGAUGAACAACAGCUACUACUUCGAGAAGAACAACACGAAGAUGACCAACAGCUUUCAGAAAUAGAAGAGGACGAUGACGAUGAAGCACUAGCUCCCUCUCAUCUACAUCAAACCCCACCUCAUCAACGCUCCUCUGCCUUCAAGCAGGAUUGCUUCCAAACGCCACCUCCUAGGCGAGCGCUAUUUCUAGAUCAUGAAGAAGCAGAACUUCAUCUAAAUGAACAACUUGACGGGCUAGAAGCAGAAAAAGAAGUACGAGAAAAACAAAGAUAUGAUGAUGAGAACUACUCUCAUGUGAAGCG